AGCUACGAUGAAGUAUCUCUUACUAUUGGUGAUACUUCCGCACGUCGCUACGGAGAUGUGUCUUCGACUUUUGAGAAACAGGGCCGAAAGCAGAAUAGGAAGACGACCGGGAUGUGUUUCGCUAUGGAACCCGAUCACGGGGGAAUUCGAGCAGCUCGAGGCGCUAAAAUCGAAUAAAACUGCUUUCUGUAGCGUCAAGGCGGAAAACAACUUACGUGGAAAAACUCUCAUCGUCGCUACAGAUUUUAUGAAUCCAUAUAUCAUUAUAAACGUGAGCGAAAACAAGGUCACGGGAUUAAUAGGCGACACUUGGAUGAUUCUAGAAGAAACUUUGAAAUUCAAGACGAUUUACCGAAGAGCGAGACGGUCGAUCAUCGCGACGCUGAUGAAUGGAGAUACUCACGCACUGCUGAUCCCCACGGCGAUGCAUAGGUACCCCACGAGCUAUUACGCCUACAGCGCGCCGUUCACGACCAACUCGUACGCUCUAUUUGUUCGAUCGGAAGGCGUGAUUGACGUAAAAUGGUGGUACAUUAAUAUCUUCAGCCGCGGUUUAUGGGGAGCGUUUUUCGGAUCUGUCAUAUGUAUCGCCUGCAGCAUCCUGGGAAUGUACCGUGUAAAGAAGUUCAUGUGCGUUGAUUAUAAGGAGUGCGACGACGAGCUUUGUUCGUUCUCCUUCGAUAUUCUUUACAUCCUGGGUGGUAUAAACGGUCAAGGAUUUCAGAAAAUGCCGAGAAGCUUGUCUCUCCGAUUGAUAAUUCUGUCUUCUCUGAUGUUCGGAAUGGUGAUGACGUGCGGAUUCAGCAGCGCACUUACUUCUUGCCUGGCAAAUAAAGGAAACUCCGUUUCCCUGACUAAUCUCGAAGAUGUGGUGAUGAAAAGGACGCACUCGCUUUGUGUCAGAAACGACAGCCUCGCAUAUGUCUACUUUACAGUGGAUGGCUUGCCGGAAAGCGACCUUCAGGACGAUUGGAAAGGAUUGAUAAAUUAUAACUGCCCCGACAUGAAAGACAGCGACACUGUCGCUUCGAAAUUAUGCCGUCCGGGUUUCGCCUAUUUGGAGGUACCGGCCGUAUUUUUACCGAUUUAUCGCAAAGUUCAGCACGAGUGCGACAUUGUACGACUGCCCGACGAUUAUUGGAGUGUCAAACUGGCAUUUCCACAUGCCAGAGCGUCGCAAUACCGUAAACUCAUUGACCGUUACUUAAUGCGUAUGCGCUCGUCUGGAAUAUUGACGUAUCUCGAGAAGAAGUGGAUCUUACGUAGCGAAGCUUAUAGCCAAUCCCAUUAUCUUCAAUCGAACAUUUUCCAAUCGGUGGAAUAUAUGCACAUUCGUGUAACCACUCGGCUAUUCUCCACGGCGGUGAUUGUCAGCGUGUUCAUCUGUAUUUUGGAAAAUAUCUGGUACAAAUUGCAACGCAUGCGAAAAUUCAAGGAGAAUUAUAAUUCGAUAUUACUGGGAACAUGUAACGAUAACGAUUCGAACGUAAUAAAAGCAUAUAGUCGUAAAGCGAGAUCGCGACUCGAAUGGCGUCGAAAACUCGGCUCGAUAUUGUUAUCUAGAAAUGUGAAAAAUUCAGAAUUUCUUCAGAACGUCACGGUGCGAAUUAAUCGAUGGUAAAUAUAACAUUCGCGGCUAUAAAUACACAAGAUAGCCAGGAAUGUCGGAAUUAACAAUGUUAUCUCUGUGUUUUCAACAAACAAGACGAGCAACCGGACCAAUAUCUCAUUUUUAGUGUGCUUUAUAAAAUUACGUACAUUACGUACAUAAUUAAAAAUAUAUUUUAUGCC